UUUUCAAAGAAUAGUCCAAGUGGAUCCAACACUCUACCUGCCUAAUCCUUGAUCCCAUCUGAAUUGACUCUUCAUAGUUGCUUUUGUUGCAGAAAUGAGGAGCACCUAAUGAAGUCUCUCAACAUGGUGGUCACAAGCACAGAUGAGUUGGAGGCUGCAGCAACAGUUUCCAGUGAUUAUGACAGGAAAAGUGAGCUCAAGGCAUUUGAUGAUUCAAAGGCUGGUGUCCAAGGACUAAUAGAAAAUGGAAUCACAAAAGUUCCACGCAUGUUCUAUUGUGUACAAUCACCUAAUGAUCUCAGUGAUGUUGUUGGCUUAACCAGUAGUGCUGAUUCUAAUUCAAAGUUAAGUAUUCCCACAGUAGACCUCACAGGGAUCCAUGAUGGUGAUCAUGUUUUGAGAGAUGAAGUUGUUGGGAGAGUUCGGCAUGCGUGUGAGAAGUGGGGCAUCUUUCAGGUUACAAAUCAUGGGAUUCCAACUCAUGUUUUGGAUGAGAUGAUCCAAGGAACGUGCAGGUUUCACCAACAAGAUGCCAAGGUGAGAAAAGAAUACUACACCCGUGAUUUCAGCAGGAAAGUUGCUUACUUUUCCAAUCCUUUUCUUUACAAUGAGCCAUCUGCUAUUUGGAGUGAUACACUUUCAUGUGUCUGUGCACCUCAUCCACCCAAAGCUGAAGAGCUGCCACCAGUUUGUAGAGAGGUUGUGAUUGAAUACUCAAAGGAAGUAAUGGCUCUUGCUUCUGAUUUAUUGGAGCUAUUGUCAGAGGCUCUUGGCAUUAAUCGUUUUCACCUUAAAGAAAUGGGUUGUGCUGAAGGGAUGUCUCUUUUAUGUCACUAUUACCCACCAUGCCCUGAGCCAGAAUUAACUCUAGGCACUUUCAAGCACUCAGAUUCAAGCUUCAUGACAAUACUCUUGCAACAUCAGAUUGGUGGCCUUCAAGUUCUUCAUGAUAAUCAAUGGAUUGAUGUACCUCCCAUGAAAGGAGUUCUUAUAGUGAACAUUGGGGCUCUUCUGCAGCUUGUGAGUAAUGACAAAUUCAUUGGUGUUGAGCACAGAGUUUUAGCAAAUCAUAUAGGUCCUAGAAUUUCAGUUGCAUGUAGUUUUAGAUCACGUACACCUGAGGGCAUGUCAAAAGUCAUCGGUCCAAUCAAGGAACUGGUAUCUGAAGAGAGUCCACCAAUAUACAAGGAAACUUCUAUAAAAGAGUUCUUGACACAUCGUACUGCAAAUAGCAUUGAAGCUUCCUCACUACAACCCUUCAAGUUGUGAGUUGUGAACAGAUGCAUAUAUACAAUCUUGAUUUCUUAUUGUUGUUGGAAUCAGCUGUGGUUUAUCUUAUUUUGUGGAACUAUGCUUUGUGCUUUCUUUGAACAAUGCAUUUGUUUGGGCUUUGGACUGUAGAAAAUAUUUAAGCAUCUUGGUUUUAAAA